UCUUUCGUGUGUUUUCGUCGCAGUCACAUUGGAGAAUCGCAGCGAGCGGAGGAAAUUCGUUUCUCAGUCGCGUUCUCCUCGUGUCGCCGUCGGAAUUCGAGCUAGUAUAAAUCCGGCUAAAAUAUUUAUUAAUCUAAGAAAAUAUAUAUAUAUACGAAAGAGAGUGCAAGAAAAUCCUUAAGUGCAGUGCAGACAAAUCAAAGUUGAUAUAAAAAGGAAUCAAUUUAUUUAAAGCCCCUGAAAAUCUUCGUUCGCCGCGUUUUUAAUUUUGUUUUCGUCACCGUUUUUUUGUCGCCGUCGUCGCUGCUUUUUCGCCGCGAGUGAGAAAAGUUUUGUGAAAAUUUGUUAUUUCCAAUAAUAUUCAAAUUGCCUAGAAUUUUCACAAAUCAGCAAAAGAGUGUGUUUCAAAAAGGCAGCCAAGAAAACCCAACAGCGAAUACAGAAACAAAACAACUCAGCACCAGCAGCAGCACAACAACAAAUAUAUACAGAGUAAAAGGCGAAAAGAAAUAUUGUUCAACAAGUCAAACGAGUUCUUUUUGGCUCGCUUCGGCCGUGUGGCUAAAGAUACAACAACAUUGUGUUUGUGGCAGCGGGUUUUCGCCUUGUUUUUUUUGUAUUUGUUGCUGCCGUCGUUUGCGCCUUUGGUGAAAAAUAUUGGCAACAGCCGUAGCCGUAGCAUUUCUGCGGCUCAAAAGCAGCAGCACAGCACCGCAGCAAAGAAGAGGCCAAGAAAUAUUUGCCAUGGCCUUGCUAGAAGGAGGUUAUCUCUGUCAGGGACGUUCUUAGCUCCUUUAAGUUUUCACCCGAAAAUUCACCCACAAGUGGAUGCAUCAACCAUGAAAGCAGCAAUGGAUUCGGCAGUAACGACGAGGACAUCCAUGGGGAACCACCAGCAGCCGAAGGACUUUACCAUGUUCCAUCGAUGCCGGAGACGUUGCAACAUCAAAUCGAUAUCUUCGCCACCCGCCCUGCAUCCCUCGCACAUGCUGAGCAAAGGCCUACUAUGUCUUUUGGUGAUCCUACUCUGGGGACACUCUACUCAGGCUGCCUCCAGUGAUAAGGAAAGGGAGCGAAAGUUGGAGGUCUUUGAAGGCGUGGCGGUGGAUCAUCAGAUCGGUUAUAUAGGGGACUUCGAUGGGAUUGAUAGUGGUCCGCCGUAUAUCAUUGUGGCCGAGGCGGGCGUGGAAACUGAUUUGGCCAUAGAUCGGGCCACAGGGGAGAUCCGCACCAAAGUGAAGUUGGACAGAGAAACUCGAGCUUCUUAUAGUCUGGUGGCCAUUCCACUGAGCGGUCGUAAUAUUCGAGUGGUGGUCACGGUCAAGGAUGAGAACGACAAUGCACCCACGUUUCCACAGCCCUCGAUGCACAUCGAAUUUCCAGAGAACACGCCCAGGGAGGUGAAGAGAACCUUGCUGCCGGCUAGGGAUCUUGAUCUGGAACCGUACAACACCCAGCGGUAUAAUAUCGUAUCGGGGAAUGUUAAUGACGCCUUUAGGCUGUCAUCUCACCGCGAAAGAGAUGGUGUGCUGUACUUGGAUCUGCAGAUCAGUGGUUUUCUGGACAGGGAAACCACACCAGGCUAUAGCCUACUCAUUGAAGCUCUAGAUGGUGGAAGUCCUCCCUUGCGGGGAUUCAUGACUGUCAACAUAACCAUUCAGGAUGUGAAUGACAAUCAACCGAUUUUCAAUCAAAGCAGAUACUUUGCCACAGUUCCAGAAAAUGCCACUGUGGGCACGAGUGUCCUUCAGGUUUAUGCAUCCGAUACGGAUGCCGAUGAGAAUGGUCUGGUGGAGUAUGCCAUCAAUAGAAGACAGAGCGACAAGGAGCAAAUGUUUCGCAUAGAUUCCAGGACAGGAGCUAUUUACAUCAACAAGGCAUUGGAUUUUGAAACUAAAGAGCUGCACGAACUUGUGGUGGUGGCCAAAGAUCAUGGCGAACAGCCUCUGGAGACGACAGCCUUUGUUUCCAUAAGAGUCACCGAUGUGAAUGACAAUCAGCCCACCAUAAAUGUGAUUUUCCUAAGUGAUGAUGCAUCGCCAAAGAUAUCGGAGUCUGCUCAACCGGGGGAAUUUGUGGCCAGAAUUUCGGUGCAUGAUCCCGAUUCGAAAACGGAGUAUGCCAAUGUCAAUGUCACUCUCAAUGGAGGAGAUGGGCACUUUGCCUUGACCACCAGGGAUAACAGUAUUUAUUUGGUGAUAGUCAAGCUGCCGCUGGACAGGGAAAUGGUUUCCAACUAUACCCUAAGUGUGAUAGCCACCGAUAAGGGAACGCCCCCUUUGCACGCCACCAAAUCGAUAUUCCUGCGCAUUACCGAUGUCAACGAUAAUCCGCCCGAGUUCGAGCAGGAUUUGUAUCAUGCCAAUGUGAUGGAGGUGGCCGAUCCGGGUACUUCGGUUCUCCAAGUCUUGGCCCACGAUCGCGAUGAGGGUCUGAACUCGGCUCUGAGCUAUUCCCUGGCCGAGACACCUGACACCCAUGCCCAGUGGUUUCAGAUUGACCCACAAACGGGCCUGAUCACCACUCGAUCACAUAUCGAUUGCGAAACGGAACCGGUGCCGCAGCUAACGGUCAUCGCCAGGGACGGCGGCGUACCGCCACUUUCCUCAUCCGCCACUGUUUUGGUCACCAUCCACGAUGUAAAUGACAACGAACCGAUCUUCGACCAGAGCUUCUACAAUGUUUCCGUCGCUGAAAACGAACCCGUGGGCAGGUGCAUACUUAAGGUCUCUGCCAGCGAUCCGGAUUGUGGAGUAAAUGCCAUGGUAAACUACACCCUAGGCGAAGGUUUCAAGCACCUCACCGAAUUCGAAGUACGCUCCGCUUCUGGGGAGAUUUGCAUAGCCGGUGAACUUGACUUCGAGAGAAGAAGUAGCUACGAAUUUCCCGUAUUGGCCACCGAUCGAGGUGGUUUGAGCACUACGGCCGUUAUCAAAAUGCAACUGACGGACAUAAAUGAUAACCGUCCCGUUUUCUAUCCCCGAGAAUACAAUGUAUCGUUGAGGGAAUCCUCCAAUGGCCCAACUCAAGCCUCGAGUGCCCCGAUUGUCGCUGUGGUGGCCACAGAUUCGGACUCGGGCAGCUUUGGCCAGGUUUCGUACAGGAUUGUGGCUGGAAAUGAGGCGGGCAUCUUUCGGAUUGAUCGAGCCUCCGGUGAAAUUUUCGUUGCUCGUCCGGAUAUGCUGUCCGUUCGAACUCAACCGAUGCACAUGCUGAAUAUUUCGGCCACUGACGGUGGUAAUUUAAGGAGCAGUGCCGAUGCCGUGGUCUUUCUGAGCAUUAUCGAUGCCAUGCAGCGACCUCCGAUCUUUGAAAAGCCCCGAUACAAUUACUAUGUCAAGGAGGACAUUCCGAGGGGCACGGUCGUGGGUUCGGUGAUAGCCACGAGUGGAGAUAUUGCCCAGCGCAGUCCUGUGAGGUAUUCAAUAUACUCUGGAGAUCCCGAUGGUUUUUUCAGCAUAGAAGCCAGUUCUGGAAAUAUUCGCAUAGCCAAGCCCCUUGAUCAUGAAGCCAAGGCCCAGGUGCUACUGAACAUCCAAGCCACUUUAGGAGAACCUCCAGUCUAUGGACACACUCAGGUCAACGUCGAAGUGGAGGAUGUCAAUGAUAAUGCUCCGGAAUUCGAGGCCAGUAUGGUUAGGAUUUCAGUACCGGAAAAUGCCGAACUGGGAGCUCCCCUCUAUGCUGCCCAUGCACACGAUAAGGAUUCGGGAAGCAGUGGACAAGUUACUUAUAGUCUGGUCAAAGAUUCGGGAAAAAGACUUUUUGCCAUCGAUGCGAGAUCGGGACAUUUGGUUUUAUCACAACAUUUGGAUUACGAAACCUCGCAACGGCAUUCUCUAAUUGUAACCGCCACUGAUGGAGGAGUUCCAUCGCUUUCAACGAAUCUUACCAUAUUGGUGGAUGUCCAGGAUGUUAACGAUAAUCCCCCAGUUUUCGAAAGAGAGGAAUAUUUCGUAAAUGUUUCCGAAUCGCGAUCCAUCAAUGCACAGAUUAUUCAGGUUAAUGCCAGCGAUCUGGACACGGGCAACAAUGCCAGGAUCACUUAUAGGAUUGUGGAUGCCGGAGUCGAUAAUGUCACGAACUCCAUUAGUAGCUCGGAUGUGGCGCAACAUUUUGGCAUAUUCCCCAACUCCGGAUGGAUUUAUUUGCGUGCUCCGCUGGAUCGGGAGACCAGGGAUCGCUAUCAACUGACAGUUCUGGCCACGGAUAAUGGCACGCCCGCUGCUCAUGCCAAAACGCGGGUUAUGGUGCGAGUUCUGGACGCCAACGACAAUGAUCCCAAGUUCCUGAAAGCGAAAUACGAAUUCUGGAUUGAGGAGAACCUCAGGCGUGGCUCCGUUGUGGGAGUGGUGACUGCCGGCGAUCUUGAUCUGGGGGAGAAUGCGGCCAUAAGAUACAGCCUGCUGCCGGCCAACUCCAGCUUCCAGGUGCAUCUCGUCACAGGUGAAAUUACAACCCGAGAGCCGCUCGAUCGGGAGCUCCGCGAGCUUUACGACCUUGUGGUAGAGGCCCGUGACCAGGGAACCCCAGUAAGAAGUGCCCGCGUUCCCGUUCGCGUCCACGUUAGCGAUGUCAACGAUAAUGCCCCCGAGAUAGCCGAUCCUCAGGAGGAUGUGGUUAGCGUUAGGGAGGAGCAACCACCGGGAACCGAUGUGGUGCGCAUUCGAGCCAUCGAUCGAGAUUACGGGCAGAAUGCCUCGAUCACCUAUUCGAUUGUCAAGGGUCGCGACUCCGAUGGACACGGACUAUUUAGCAUCGAUCCGAGCAGCGGAGUGAUCCGAACUCGAGUGGUAUUGGAUCACGAGGAGAGAAGCAUCUAUCGGUUGGGUGUGGCCGCCUCUGAUGGCGGAAGUCCGCCCAGGGAAACAGUGCGAAUGCUGCGCGUCGAGGUCUUGGAUCUUAACGACAACCGUCCAACAUUUACCAGCUCUAGCCUGGUCUUUAGGGUACGCGAGGAUGCCGUCGUGGGCCAUGUGGUCGGUUCCAUCAGCCCCAGCGAACGUCCGGCGGAUGUGAGCCGGAAUAGUGUGGAGGAGUCCUUUGAGGACUUGCGCGUUACCUACACUCUAAAUCCCUUGACUAAGGACCUGAUUGAGGGCGCCUUUGACAUCGAUCGUCACACGGGGAACCUCGUUGUGGCUCGUCUCUUGGACAGAGAGGUGCAAUCGGAAUUUAGGUUGGAAAUCAGAGCUUUGGACACCACAGCCAGCAAUAAUCCGCAGAGUAGCGCCAUCACGGUGAAGAUUGAAGUGGCAGAUGUCAAUGAUAAUGCACCCGAAUGGUCACAGGAUCCCAUUGAUCUUCAGGUGAGCGAGGCCACUCCCCUUGGCACAAUAAUCCACAACUUUACGGCCACGGAUGCGGACACUGGAACCAAUGGAGAACUGCAGUAUCGUUUGCUGCGUUAUUUUCCACAACUAAACGAGAGCCAGGAGCAGGCAAUGCCGCUUUUUGGUCUUGAUUCCCUGACAGGAUCCCUCAGUCUGCAGGCUCCCUUGGAUUUCGAAGCUGUGCAAGAGUACCUGCUCAUUGUGCAAGCCUUGGAUCAAUCUUCGAAUGUGCCAGACCGACUGCAGACAUCGGUGACUGUGAGAUUACGAGUUCUGGAUGCCAACGACAAUGCUCCGCAGUUCGUUUCCCCGAAUACAAAUGGCGGAAAAUCCGCCACGCUUUUCAUAGGCGAUUCAACUAGAAUUGGAGAGAAUGUGGCACAUAUUGUGGCCGUUGAUAAAGAUUCUGGCGAUAAUGGACGCCUCACCUACGAAAUAACGGGUGGAAAUGGCGAGGGUCGCUUCAGAAUCAAUCCCCAAACAGGAGUUAUUGAGCUGGUUAAGUCACUGCCUCCUGCCGCCGAGGAUGUUGAGAAAAAUGGACGAUUCAGUCUCGUUAUCAGCGCCAAAGAUCAUGGUCAACCGGAGUCAAAAAGAAGCUUCUUAAAUCUUCAGCUUGUCGUUCAAGGCAGCCACAAUAAUCCACCGCGAUUUCUGCAGGCUGUUUAUCGGGCCACAAUACUGGAGAAUGUUCCCAGUGGAAGUUUCGUCCUACAGGUCACUGCAAAGUCACUUCACGGUGGAGAAAAUGCUAACCUGAGCUACGAGAUUCCCAAUGGCGUGGCCAACGACCUGUUUCACGUAGACUGGCAAAGAGGAAUUAUUACCACGCGUGGCCAGUUUGAUCGCGAGUCUAAAGCCAGUUAUGUCCUACCCGUUUACGUAAGGGAUGCCAACCGCCUGGCCACCUCAGCCUCUUCGGCGGUAAGAAAACAGCGCUCCUCGGACAGCAAUGGCGAAACAUCGAAUGGCCAGCACUUCGAUGUGGCAACUGUUUACAUAUCGAUAGGAGAUGUCAAUGACAAUUCUCCGGAAUUUCGACCAGGAUCGUGUUAUGGUCUAUCCAUUCCGGAGAACAGCGAACCGGGUGUUAUCCACACUGUGGUGGCCAGCGAUCUGGAUGAAGGUCCCAACUCCGAUCUUAUUUACAGCAUUACAGGCGGCAAUCAAGGCAACAAAUUCAGCAUCAAUGCUCGGUCUGGAGAGCUGAGUGUACGAGCUUUGGAUAGGGAGCAGCAAUCUAUGUACAUUCUGCAGAUCCAGGCCUCGGAUCGGGGGCAACCGAAAAGUCGCCAGGGACACUGUAACAUCACUGUUUUCGUUGAGGAUCAGAACGAUAAUGCACCGCGGUUUAAGCUAAGCAAAUAUAUUGCCAGCGUGCAGGAGGACGCACCGCUGGGCACAAGUGUGGUGCAAAUCAAUGCCGUGGAUGCUGAUUUGGGCGUGAAUGCCAGACUCGUUUACUCGUUGGCCAAUGAAACCCAAUGGCAGUUUGCCAUCGACAGCCAGAGCGGAUUAAUUACUACCGUUGGAAAACUGGAUCGCGAGCUGCAGGCGAGCUACAGCUUCAUGGUUUUGGCCACGGACGGAGGACGUUAUGAAGUGGGAUCAGCUUCGGUUCCGGUGCAGAUCAAUGUGCUGGAUGUCAAUGACAACAGACCCGUAUUCGAGCGAUAUCCCUAUAUCGGACAGGUCCCAGCUCUCAUUCAACCUGGUCAAACAUUGCUGAAGGUUCAGGCCCAUGAUGCCGAUUUGGGUGGCAACGGAGAGGUUGUUUAUUCCCUCAAGGCAGAAAACUCAGCCGUAAGUGGAAAGUUUCGAAUAAAUCCCAGCACGGGAGCCUUAAGUGCCUCACAGAGCUUGGCCAGUGAGAGUGGAAAACUACUGCAACUGGAGGUGAUGGCCAGGGACAAGGGAAAUCCCCCCCAGUCCAGCAUGGGUCUCAUUGAAAUUCUAGUAGGGGAAUCGCACCAAGGAUCGCCGGUUCUCCGUUUCCAAAACGAAACAUAUAGGGUCAAGAUCAUGGAGAAUUCUCCUUCGGGCACAAAACUUAUCCAAGUUGUGGCACUUCGAAGCGAUGGUCGUCGCCAAAAGGUGCAAUUCUCGUUUGGUGCUGGCAAUGAAGACGGUAUAUUGUCCUUAGAUUCACUGUCAGGCGACAUAAGGGUGAAUAAACCCCACCUUCUCGACUUUGAUCGCUUUGCCACGCCCUCAAUGUCAGCCUUGAAUCGUGGCAGAGCUAUGCACUAUGAGCAGGAAAUUGACGAAUCAGCUGAGGAGGAUACAAACAAUGCCACCCGAUCCCAAAGGGCCCUGACAUCGUCAUCCUUUGCCCUGACCAACAGCCAGCCCAAUGAAAUACAUGUGGUUGUGGUAGCUCGCACCACUGAGGCUCCCUUUCUGGCCGCCUUCUCAGAAUUGGUGAUCGAACUGGAGGACGAGAACGACAACAGUCCACAGUUUUCGCAAAAGCAAUUUGUGGCAAUCGUUUCGGAGGGAAAUAGCAAAGGAACUUUCGUGGCCCAGGUUCAAGCUUUCGAUUCGGAUGCAGGCUCCAACGCUCGACUAAGAUUUCAUAUCGUCGAUGGCAACCACGACAAUGCAUUCGUCAUUGAACCCGCUUUCAGUGGCAUUGUGAAGACCAACAUCGUGUUGGAUCGCGAGAUCCGUGACAUCUACAAGCUCAAAAUCAUCGCUACAGAUGAGGGAGUCCCCCAGAUGACGGGCACUGCCACUAUAAGGGUGCAGAUCGUCGAUGUGAAUGAUAACCAGCCCACUUUUCCCCCAAACAAUCUCGUCAGUGUCAGUGAAGCCACUGAACUUGGAGCUGUAAUAACCUCCAUUUCAGCCAACGAUGUGGAUACUCAUCCCACUCUGACUUAUCGUCUUGGCAGCGAAUCAACAUUGGAAACAGAAAACCUGUCCAUAUUCGCCCUAGAUCGGUAUAGUGGAAAGCUCAUCUUGAAACGACAUUUGGACUAUGAACUCCAGCAAGAAUAUGAGCUCGAGGUGAUUGCCUCAGAUACAGCCCAUGAAGCUCGCACUAUCCUCACUAUUCGGGUGAAUGACGAAAACGAUAACGCACCGAUAUUCCUGGCCCAACAGCCACCGGCUUACUUUGCCAUUAUGCCAGCUAAGGCCGAGAUCAGUGAUAGUCUUUACAUGGACUUGGAGCUCCUAACAGUCAAUGCCACUGAUGCAGAUUCGGAGGGCAAAAACUCCCAGGUUACUUACUCAAUUGAACCAAACUUGGAUGGCUUCUCUGUGCACCCAUCAAAUGGUAUUGUUUCGGUCAAUAUGAGUAGAUUGCAGCCUGCAACUUCCGCCAGCGGAGAUUACUUUGUCCAAAUUUCAGCCAAGGAUGCAGGAAAACCAAUCAUGAGAAGUUCUACACUUUUGAGGGUUCAGGCAAGUGACAAUGGCUCAGGACGUUCGCAAUUCCAGCAAAAUCAAUAUAGGGCCCAGAUCAGCGAGGCAGCUCCAUUGGGCUCAGUUGUCCUCCAACUGGGGCAGGAUGUUCUCGAUCAAUCCUUUGUCAUUGCCUCUGGAAAUGAGGAAUCCAAAUUUGAAUUGCUACAGUCCAAAUCAAUUGUUUUGGUCAAGUCUUUGGAUAGAGAACGCAACGAUCUGUACAAACUAAGAUUGGUUUUAAGCCAUCCACAUGGAUCUGCAGUUUCUGGCAGCUCCAAUUCCGGAAUCUCGGUGAUCAUUACAAUCUUGGAUGCCAACGAUAACUUCCCCAUUUUCGACCGCAGUGCCAAAUACGAGGCUGAGAUCAGCGAACUAGCUCCUUUGAGAUAUUCCAUAGCCCAAUUACAGGCCAUCGAUGCUGAUCAGGAGAACACCCCGAACUCAGAAGUGGUGUACGACAUAACCUCUGGCAAUGAUGAGCACAUGUUUACAAUAGAUCUCGUCAGUGGAGUACUUUUUGUGAACAACCGCUUAGAUUACGAUUCGGGGGCCAAGAGCUAUGAGCUCAUUAUCCGAGCUUGCGAUAGUCAUCACACGAGACCUCUUUGCAGUUUGCAACCCUUUAGAUUGGAACUCCACGAUGAGAACGACAAUGAACCCAAGUUUCCGCUUUCUGAAUAUGUUCACUUCCUAGCCGAAAAUGAACCCGUUGGUAGCUCUGUAUUUCGUGCUCAUGCCAGUGAUUUGGACAAGGGACCCUUUGGACAACUCAACUACAGCAUUGCUCCUGCUCCCAGCGACGAAAGUUCGUGGAAACUGUUCCGAGUGGAUGCGGAAAGUGGAUUGGUUACAUCCGCUUCCGUUUUCGACUACGAGCAGAGGCAACGUUAUGAUCUGGAACUCCAAGCCUCUGACAUGGGUGGCAAAAAAGCUCGAGUAGCUGUGCGAGUGGAAAUCGAGUCCAGGGAUGAGUUCACUCCGCAGUUCACAGAGCGUACGUACAGAUUUGUGCUGCCGGCAGCGGUGGCUUUGCCCCAGGGCUUCGUAGUGGGUCAAGUCACGGCAACUGAUGGCGACAGUGGUCCAGAUGGCCGAGUGGUUUACCAACUAAGUGCUCCACACUCGCACUUCAAGGUUAACCGUAGCAGUGGUGCUGUUCUUAUCAAGAGAAAACUCAAACUGGAUGGAGAUGACCAACUGUACAUGGAUAGUCGGGAUAUCAGCUUGGUUAUCUCAGCUUCUUCGGGGCGCCACAACUCUCUGUCCAGCAUGGCUGUUGUCGAGAUCGCCUUGGAUCCUUUGGCCCAUCCAGGCACAAAUCUGGCCAGUGCUGGUGUUUCGUCGAGCGGCUCCAUGGGCGAUUGGGCCAUUGGUCUACUGGUAGCAUUUCUCCUGGUCCUUUGUGCUGCCGCCGGAAUCUUUCUGUUCAUGCACAUGAGAAGUCGGAAGCCGAGGAAUGUGGUCAAACCGCAUCUGAGCACAGAGACUGUGGGUGUGGGCAGUUCCAAUAGUUACGUGGAUCCCAGUGCCUUCGACACGAUACCCAUAAGAGGGGGAAUUACAGGUGGUGCGGCGGGAGCGGCUUCUGGUCAAUUCGCUCCUCCCAAAUACGACGAGAUUCCUCCCUUUGGACCUCAUGCCGGUAGUUCCGGGGCAGCCACAACCUCCGAGCUAUCCGGAUCUGAGCAGUCGGGUUCCAGCGGACGAGGAUCGGCGGAGGAUGAUGGAGAGGAUGAGGAGAUCCGUAUGAUAAACGAGGGACCACUGCAUCACCGAAACGGAGGAGCUGGCGCAGGCAGUGAUGGUGGCAGAAUCUCGGAUAUAUCUGUGCAAAAUACCCAGGAGUACUUGGCUCGUCUGGGCAUCGUAGACCACGAUCCCAGCGGUGGCGGUGGAGCUGCAUCCAGCAUGGCUGGUUCCAGUCACCCGAUGCACAUGUUCCACGAUGACGAUGCCACCGCUAGAUCGGAUAUAACCAACUUGAUCUACGCCAAGCUCAACGAUGUCACGGGAGCGGGUUCGGAAAUAGGGAGCAGUGCAGAUGACGCGGGAACCACGGCGGGCUCGAUAGGAACCAUUGGCACGGCCAUCACCCAUGGUCAUGGUGUGAUGAGCAGCUAUGGAGAGGUUCCAGUUCCGGUGCCCGUAGUUGUGGGAGGCAGUAACGUGGGUGGCUCCCUUAGUUCCAUAGUCCACAGCGAGGAGGAACUGGCGGGCAGCUACAACUGGGACUACCUCCUCGACUGGGGACCUCAAUAUCAGCCACUGGCGCAUGUGUUCUCCGAAAUAGCCAGAUUAAAAGAUGAUACUAUAUCGGAGCACAGUGGGAGUGGAGCUUCCUCCUCCGCCAAGAGCAAACAUUCUUCGUCGGGAAGUGUGGUGCUGAAACCGCCACCUUUGGCACCACCAACACACAUACCACCCCCCCUUCUCACCAAUGUGGCGCCGCGGGCCAUUAAUCUGCCAAUGAGAUUGCCACCCCAUUUGAGUCUGGCCCCCACCCAUUUGCCACGAUCGCCCAUUGGCCAUGAGGCAAGUGGCAGUUUCAGCACCUCGUCAGCGAUGUCACCAUCAUUCUCACCAUCUCUGUCGCCCUUGGCCACAAGGUCGCCCUCCAUUUCACCUCUGGGGGCGGGGCCACCCACGCAUCUGCCUCAUGUCUCGCUGCCACGUCACGGCCACGCCCCUCAGCCCAGUCAGAGGGGAAAUGUGGGCACGAGGAUGUAAACAUGCAUAUAGUAUUACUUGCACCAUCCCGACUCACCCAUACACAAACACAUACGUACACAUCAUACCCAUUUAUAACUGUAUAUAUAUUUCAUAAACAAUUUAAGUUAGGAUUGUAGUGCAAAAAAGCCCCACUGAGAGGUAAACAAAAUAAAAUGUUUGGGUUUAAAGUAUGUACCACAGAACAAACAAAGUUUUAAGUCUCUGAAUCGCAAUUUAGUUAUGAUGGUCCUUCCGUCCGUCAUGGACGGAUAUUUCUAUUGUAAAGCAAUUUAAACAAUUUACUUUAAAAUUCAAGUAGCUUCACUCCUGCACUUUGGGGCAUGAAUGCACUGCAAUCACAGUAACGACCACAAAGCCAACAAGACUCUCUGAAACUCACUUGCUUGCACACAAAGCCAAAAAGCGAGGAGCAGCAGGAGCCAGAACAGCCAUAAGUUGUAAGCAUUUAUAGCCUAGACUAGCAAGUGAACUCGAACCGAAUUCGCUCGAAUCUGUAUCUGUAGCCUAAGUAUCCCAUAUAAGUAUCUGUAACUUUAGCUGUAGCUGUAGCGUAGGACUAACCCUAAACUAGUUUUAUGGGAGCAAACCAAGUGCACUUAAGCAGCCGGCAAUCCCUGUUUAAAGGGGAUCAGAUCAGGCUGCGACUCACAUUUCCAUUCCAAUUCAUUCUACGGUGAGAAGGGGAAAAUUGUAAAAAGUUGUUUUUAGUAAUUAUCGGGGAGCAAACAAAAUGAAACCCUUGUAUAAAACCGAAAUAAAAUGGGAACGUACCAACGAAUAAAAAGAAACGAGGGAGGAUCGACGUAUGAAGCGAAAGAGGAAUCUCUUUAAGUAUAGCCUAGUUACCAGUUAACUUAUAGAUGUACAUGCCUAGCUAUAGAUCGUAGUGUAUGUUCACUUGUGUGUGAUGCUACUUGUGUAAUUUCUUACGUUCUAGCAAAAAGCUGUAAAAAUGUUCACCAAUCUAAGAAUCCUCUAGUUGCUAAGCCCAUAGUUUGUAAUAGCUAAACGAAAGCAAGAGAAUAAAUAUUUAAAAAAUAAAAUAAAUGAAAACGAAAUAUAAAAAA